AUGGCCUCUCUCAACACCUCCUCCAAUGGCCCCACGAUCCGGCGCAGCUACGAGGGCGUCGUCAAUGCGCCUCCGCCCUCCGGCGCCGCUGCCGCCUCGCCCACCUUCGGACAAUGGGCCGUCUUCUCCGUCUCCGCGCCCCUGGCCAACGCCUUCCAGCCCGACGCCGGCAAGGAGAGCGUGCUCAAGGUCCAGACUACCGGAGAGGGCGAGUUGGCAGAUCUGAUCGAUGAGCUCUCCGACGGCCGCAUCCAGUUCGCUUUCGUCAGAGUCAAGGACCCCAACACGGGCCUCCCCAAGAACGUCCUGAUAGCAUGGUGCGGCGAAGGCGUUCCUGAACGCACCAAGGGCUACUUCAACACCCAUCUGGCCGCUGUGUCGAAGCUGCUCCACGGAUACCACGUCCAAGUCACUGCGCGAUCCGAGAGCGCGCUGAGCCCCGAGGGCAUCAUCCAGAAGGUCUCGGACGCGUCGGGCGCCAAAUAUUCGGCUGGUGACGCUCCUGCUCCAAUCGCCAGCAGGCCCCCGCCCCCCGUUGCAUCCAAACCCGUCUUCACCCCUACCCGUGUCGGAGGCGCUUCCUCUGGCUUCAACCCGCUCGCCAGGUCGCGCGCCGCGCCCUCCGCUCAGAAUGUUGACCAAGAUGGGUGGGGCGCCGACGCUCCCCCAGUGACGAGGUCCCAGCUCGAGAAGGUGGAGUCGGCAUACAAGCCCACCAAGGUCAAUCUGGCGGAUCUUGCCAAGCAGAAUGAAGAUGCCACUCGCUCUGGGCCCGCCAGAGGCGACACGCCCGGUGACGUGGUCAAGGGCGGUUACCAGCCAAUUGGUAAGGUUGAUAUUGCUGCCAUUCGGCGACAGGCCGCCGAAUCCGGUCACCUCAAGGACGAUCGUCCUGCCCCUGUCAAAGGCGCCUAUGAGCCUAUUGGUAAGGUUGACAUCGCGGCAAUUCGAGCCAAGGCAUCCGGACCGAGUGGAUCCCCCGCGAACAUUUCCCCUGCUCCCACCGGCGGAGAUGAUGAAGCUCCCAAGUCAUUGUCGGAGCGUUCCACGGCAUUCCAGCAACAGCCCGAACGUCUCACCUCUCUGCCCAAGCCCAAGGUCGCGAACAAAUUUGGAAACGCCGGUGCUUUUACUGGGACGAAGCCUCCCGCCCCUGCCUUCGCACCUAAGCCUGUGGCGGCUUCUGCUCCCAUCGGGUCGGCGAGCAAGACCUUUGCGGACCAGGGUGGAAAAACCCCGGCACAGCUCUGGGCCGAGAAGAAGGCGCGUGAGCGCGGACUCAGUGGCUCUAGUGACCUUCCCCCGCCGCCUGCUGCCCAGCCCAUUGCUAGCCAGCAGAGUGGCUCUGGCGGCUGGAAGAGCAGCUAUACCGGCAAGUCCUGGGCGCCCGUGCAUACGACCCACACCGGUGGUAGUAACCUCAGUGCCCAGCGUACUGGUGAGGUUGACCCUCCUCAGGAAGAGGCUCCUUCAUCGCCCGCUGGUGGUGUUGGUGCGCUCCGGGAUCGCUUCAAAGAGGCUCCGCCUAUGGGAUCUGCUGCUGCACCGCCCCCGAUGGACAUGGCUAGCAAGCCGAACGCGGGCCGCGCAGUGCCUGGCCUGCCCACGCGCCCGGCUGAAGCAGAGAGGCCUGAAGAGGAGUACGUGGAUGUUCCGCCUCCGCCUGCGCAACCCCGCAGCCCCACUCCCCCGUCCCCUGACGUUCGCCCGAGCUCGCCGAUCCGUAUCGCCCAGCCCGUUGCAAAGAGCGCCCAACCCGAGUUCGAAGCGCCGGAGGAGCGCUCGCCACCUCCGCCAAUGCCCACUGAGUCCAUUUCUGCUGCUGUAUCCGCUACCAAGGAUCAUAUUCCCGACGAGCCGCAGGUGGAGGAGCAUGAUCCCGCUAGAGGAGCAGGUGUUGCCGCUGCUGAGGCAUCUUUUGGUGCCGGUGCUGCUCAUGCUGGGGGAGAAACCGGCGGCAAGCGUGCCGUUGCGCAGUACGACUACGAGAAGGCCGAAGAGAACGAGAUCGAACUUGCUGAGGGUGAACUGAUCACAAACAUUGAUAUGGUAGAUGAAGACUGGUGGAUGGGCCAGAACUCUCGCGGGGAAACCGGUCUCUUCCCCAGCAACUAUGUUGAGCUGAUCGAGGAUGAGGAAGCUGACGCUCCCGCUCCCGCUGCGCCUGCGGCCGCACCUGCGCCUCCUGCUGCACCUCCUGCUGCAGCUGGCAGUAAGGCUCCCACUGCCACAGCCUUGUACGAUUACGACGCUGCUGAGGAGAACGAGCUCAGCUUCCCUGAUGGAGCUACCAUUACUAGCAUUGAAUUUCCCGACGAUGAUUGGUGGUUUGGUGAGUUUGGUGGCAAAUCGGGUCUCUUCCCUGCCAACUACGUGCAGUUGAAUGAGUAA